AUGUCAACGAGGUCUAAAAUUCGGGUCAGAGUGAUCGCAGCUGAGGGACUAUGUAAGCGGGACGUGUUUCGGUCUCCUGAUCCCUUUGCAGUUUUGACGGUUGAUGGCGCACAGACGCAAACAACCGAGACUGCCAAAAAGACGUUGUCACCGCACUGGAACCAAUCUUUCGAGUUUUCUGUGACGGAAAAUUCCAUACUGAUAGUGCAGAUAUUUGAUCAAAAGAAGUUCAAGAAGAAGGACCAAGGAUUUUUGGGUGUCGUCAAUAUCAAAGUUGGCGAUGUCAUUAAUUUGAACGAUACAUCGAGCGAACAGACCGUUGCUGAAGAGUUGAAGAGGUCUAACUCUCAUCUGACGGUCUCAGGAAAAUUGAUACUUACGAUCUCGCAUCAGAAUGCUUCUGCGAGAGACUCCAGAGAUCCUUCCAAUUUUGCGCAAACCAACACAUCAGCGCAGACACCUGCGUCCACCAUAGCUUCACCUUCGGUGUCCAGCCCAAGGGCUCCAGUGGAUACUGGGAAUUUGAACAAUCAAUUUCCAGGCUCCGCUGCUGCUGCGGCUAUAUCAUCCUCCGUUAGACCUGCACCAGCAAGACAAUUUUCCUCGUUUGAAGACCAAUAUGGUAGACUUCCACCUGGCUGGGAGCGGAGAACUGAUAACUUUGGCAGAACUUACUAUGUCGAUCACAACUCGAGAACCACCACUUGGAAGAGACCCACAUUGGACCAAUCUGAAAGUCAAAGAGAACAAGAAAGGGAAAGAGCAAGAGAGGCCGAAAGAACGCAAUACCGUAAUAGAUCUCUGCCCGAGACCAAUUCUCAGGUAGAUCAGGCUACUGCAAUGACCAUGGCUGCCACCGGAGCAACGAGUCCUGGCUUAGGCGAACUUCCUCCAGGUUGGGAACAACGUUUUACCCCAGAGGGAAGGCCAUAUUAUGUUGACCACAACAGCAGAACUACUACAUGGGUUGAUCCAAGAAGGCAGCAAUUUGUUAAAAGCUUUGGUAACAAUGGAGGUUACAAUGCACAGCGAUUGUCAGCGAUGGGUCCGCUUCCAAGUGGUUGGGAAAUGAGAUUAGCCAAUACAUCUAGAGUUUAUUUUGUCGACCACAAUACCAAAACCACGACAUGGGACGAUCCAAGAUUGCCAUCAUCGCUUGACCAGAAUGUUCCUCAAUACAAACGUGAUUUCAGAAGAAAGUUGGUGUAUUUCAGAUCACAGCCUGCAAUAAGAAUUUUGCCCGGGCAGUGUCACAUCAAGGUUAGAAGAGAUCAUCUUAUGGAAGAUGCUUUCCGUGACAUUAUGAGACAAACUCCAGAAGAUUUGAAGAAGAGAUUGAUGAUUAAGUUUGAGGGAGAAGAAGGACUGGAUUACGGUGGAGUUUCGAGAGAGUUCUUCCAGCAACUGUCGCACGAAAUGUUUAAUCCAUUUUACUGUCUUUUCCAAUAUGCAUCGAGCGACAAUUACACACUUCAAAUCAAUCCAAACUCAGGCGUGAACCCAGAACACCUGACAUACUUCAAAUUCAUUGGAAGAACUGUCGGUUUGGGUGUGUUCCAUCGUCGUUUCCUGGAUGCUUUCUUUGUGGGUGCAAUGUAUAAAAUGAUGCUUCAUAAGAAGAUUGUGCUACAAGAUUUGGAAAGUGUGGAUGCUGAGAUGUACAAAUCUUUAUGCUGGAUGCUCGAGAAUGACAUCACCGACGUCAUUUACGAGACAUUCUCGAUUGAAGAAGAUAGAUUUGGUGAGAAGGUUAUCAUUGAUCUGAAACCAAACGGAAGAAACAUCGAGGUGACGAAUGAAAAUAAGAGAGAAUAUGUCGAGCUGAAGACCGAAUGGAUUAUCUCCAAGCCAGUGGAGGCUCAAUUUAAGGCAUUCAUGGAUGGAUUCAACGAGCUGAUUCCGCAAGAGUUAGUUUCGGUCUUCGACGAAAGGGAAUUGGAGCUUUUAAUUGGAGGACUGGCAGAUAUUGACAUUGAAGAUUGGAAAAAACAUACAGACUACAGAGGUUAUCAGGAGAGUGACGAAGUGAUCCAGUGGUUCUGGAAGUGCGUGAGUGAGUGGGAAGGAGAGCAGAGAGCAAGGUUAUUGCAAUUCACCACCGGUACUUCCAGAAUUCCCGUCAAUGGAUUCAAGGAUUUACAGGGAUCGGAUGGUCCAAGACGUUUCACUAUAGAAAAAGCUGGAGAGCCAGACCAGCUUCCAAAAUCGCACACUUGUUUUAACAGAGUGGAUCUGCCUCCGUACAAAGAUUACGAGUCGCUGAAAAAGAAGCUCACUAUUGCCGUUGAAGAAACUAUAGGUUUUGGCCAAGAGUGA